AAUAAAUCUCUUAACUAAACUCUGAUAGUCGAUUUCAUGGAAUAUUCAUGAAUACUGUAAAAGCCCGCUAAUUUUUAAAUGGGUAAUAAAACACAUCAAACACAAGUUAAUGUUGAAAACGACAAUGCGUCUUUAAACACCUUUUUCAUCAAUGACAACGUUUGACCAGAUGAUGGAGACAAAGUAAACAUUGUUUUUAAUUCCAGUUUUGUUAUCUUUUGUGAAGUGAAUGGUUGCGUUUAAAAUGGAGUUCGCCAUUAGAGGAUCUUAAACCUCUUCCUGUCAGAACUAAAAAGUAUAUUUUUGUUAGGAAUUAAUAUAUGGUAAAUAACUUCCCUAUCACUUGUACUUCAGCUUGAAUUGGAACAACAUUGAUAAACUAAUUGUGUAAAGUUUUUACUGCUUGUUGGUGAAAUGGCAAACAUGAUUUGAAUAUUAUGUCUGAAUACAUUUUGCAAACCAAAGCUCUAAACUUGCUUUUAGAAUUUGGACCCACUAAGUGGAGAAAAUUGCAAAAUUGUAGCAUGUUCCUUUAAGAGUGGGCAGACAGCCUGAACGUUUACCAGAGAUAUGAGAACAUUAAAGAGCUUUCACUUCGCUUCUGAUUCCUGCUGCAAAUAACAUCAUAAAGGGUGGUGGACAAAUUGAAGACCACAGUCUAAGACGAAAUAAGAAGAAAAACAGUCACAACGAAUCAAAGGUUUAAUAAAUAAGGAAAAUAAUGCAAUCCUAUUUUAAUGUAGAUUGUCAUAACGUUCUUAAAAUGAAAGAUUUCAAAAAGGAUGCUUUGUAAGCAAGUGGAAAUGUAAAGUAUUAACUCUUGCAAUAAAGUAUAGAAAACAAAGAUGGAAACAUAUAUUCAUCACAUUCAGCUAUGCCCAGCUGUUUCUAUCGGAAAAUAUAACAACUAACUAAAACAAGUGCACAAAAAAGAGUCGGGUUGUUUUCACGUAUUGGAGUGAUGCAUCUUCAGAUAAACAAACGAUCUUUGUGUCGUACAAAGACAGCACAGAACCGACGCCAGCGCUCAAACUCAGUUUGUUUCGGAAAGGGCUGACAGUUAUACCAUUCAACAAGGAUUGCUGCAAAUAUUAUUGUCUCUUUUGCGCCAUUUAAAGCGUUACAAAUGUCCGAACUUGUAAACUUGUAGCCUGUUUGUUGGAGUAGCAGAGCACACCGGAACAGCAGGCAACAGCAAGUGACAGUCGCUGAGAUUGACAGGCAAGUCCUGAAAACAGACUCUUGGGUUAGUGUCGACCAAUGGAUGAGGAUGAAAUCAUGUGAGCGUGUGCUAGUGUUGCAUCACCAUGGACUUGUAGCUUGGCAGAAUCUCACCUCGAUGGACUGGGGACCUCGCCUGCACACGGUUGAUCUCCUGUCAUCAACCUGAGGGGAGCAUCUACGGUGUCAUAGCAGACCAGGGAGAGGAACCAGGGUUCUAUGGAUCAAAUAUUGCAGCACACACCUCGAAGCAGGCUGACUGACCGACUGACCGACUGAGUGUGUGGGUGGCUCGCUGAGCGGAGCUGUGGCUUUCCGUGGACUUUGAGGACACGUACCCCCGGGGGGAGAUACCGGCCGGGUGUUGGAGCCCCGCCAUGGGGGAGACGGCAGAAUACCAGAGGCUGAAUGACACUUCAGAGCCUGACUUCCAACACCUGCCCAGCGAUGACGAAGAGAAACUGGGCAGUAGCAUGCAGUGUGAAGAAGGCACAGAAUGGCUGCUGGAGCUGCUGAUGGAGGUGCAGCUGCAGCAGUACCUCCUACGGAUCCGAGAUGACCUUAACGUUACGCGGCUGUCACACUUCGACUACGUCAAGAAUGAAGACCUGGAGAAAAUUGGCAUGGGUCGACCUGGACAGAGACGACUGUGGGAGGCUGUGAAAAGGAGAAAAGCCAUGUGCAAGCGCAAGUCCUGGAUGAGCAAGGUGUUUAGCGGGAAGCGUCCAGACGGAGGAGACUUCCCCCAGCAGGGCCAGCCGGCCUCCUCCUUCCGUAAGCUGUCUCCCACCCCCCCACUGGGCCUGGGGGAGGGAGUCCUGUCCACACAGCCUGGUGGUGGUGCUCCUAUGGACGGGCAGCAGCAGGCUCUGACCUGCCUCAUCCCGGAGAAGGAUCUGACGCUGUUCGAGAAGCUGGGCGACGGCUCCUUUGGAGUAGUGAAGAGAGGAGAGUGGCUGACGCCUGCGGGGAAGGUGUUGAACGUAGCUGUGAAGUGUCUGAAGACAGACGUGCUCAGCCAGCCCGACGCUCUGGAGGACUUCAUCUGCGAGGUCAACGCCAUGCACUCCCUGGACCACCAGAACCUCAUCCGCCUCUACGGUGUGGUGCUCACACACCCAAUGAAGAUGGUGACGGAGCUGGCUCCUCUGGGCUCUCUGCUGGAGCGCCUGCGGUGUGUCCGUCCACAGGGCCCGGUGUUGAUCCACACUCUGUGUCAGUAUGCCGUACAGGUGGCCUGUGGAAUGGCCUACCUGGAGCAGAGGAGGUUCAUCCAUAGGGACCUGGCAGCAAGGAACAUCCUGCUGGCCUCGGCUCACAGAGUGAAGAUUGGAGACUUCGGCCUGAUGAGGGCGCUGCCCAACAACGAUGAGCACUACGUCAUGCAGGAGCAUCGCAAGGUCCCCUUCGCAUGGUGCGCCCCAGAGAGUCUGAAGACCAGAACGUUCUCCCACGCUACAGACACCUGGAUGUUUGGAGUCACUCUCUGGGAGAUGUUCACACACGGCCAGGAGCCCUGGCUGGGCCUCAACGGAAGCCAGAUCUUGCACAAGAUUGAUAAAGAAGGUGAACGCCUCCCGAAGCCUGAAGACUGUCCGCAGGACAUCUAUCACGUGGUGCUGCAGUGCUGGGCUCAGAAACCAGACGACAGACCCACCUUUGUUGCCCUGCGCGAGUUCCUGCUGCAGACCAUGCCAACAGACAUGUGUGCUCUGCAGGACUUUGACGAGCCUGAAAAACUCCACAUCCAGAUAAAUGAUGUCAUCACCAUCAUAGAGGGGAGAGCAGAGAACUACUGGUGGCGAGGUCAAAACAAGCGCACCCUGAAGCUGGGACCGUUCCCCAGAAACGUGGUGACGUCAGUCGCGGGUCUGUCAGCGCACGACAUCAGCCGGCCCCUCAAGAACAGCUUCAUCCACACGGGACAUGGAGACAGCAACCCUCACCACUGCUGGGGCUUCCCCGACAGGAUAGACGAUUUGUACCUCAGUAAUCCCAUGGACCCUCCAGAUGUUCUCGGUGUGGACCCCAAUGCUCGGCCCUUAAAUCUGCCAGGACGAGCAAAGAAGGACCCUCCCCUCCGCCCUCCCCAGCCAGCCGUGAUACUCAAGAAGCCUUGCUACGAUGCAGUAAACGAUGAAGAGGAUCUGACUUCAGCAGGACUAAAGAGAUUAUCGCUUCGGAAAACCGGUUCCAUCAAAGGCUUAAAACUGAAACCCGCUGCGUGGGUCUCCGCUUCCAAACAGGGGGGCGGCCGGACUUCAGGCUCAGGCCACACCCCGAACAGCGAGGUGUCGCUCAUUGACUUUGGGGAAGAGUUCCCCCCGCCCACACCCUCGCCCUCCCCCUCACCUGUGGUUGAAAUCCAGAUUCCUUCACUGGCGAAGCUACUUUUGGGAGCAGAGAACCUCCUGGACCGAACGCCGCCUCAGAGUCCGUCUAAGUCCUUGCCUCGCCCCCUUCACCCUACACCUGUAGUGGACUGGGAUGCCCGGCCCUUACCUCCACCCCCGGCAUAUGACGAUGUAGCCCAAGACGAAGACGAUAUGGAGGUGAGCUCCAUCAACAGCUCGGAGCAGCAGCAGGAGGAGGAGCAGAGCGGUGACCCAGAUGAGAGUCAGCAGGUGGAUGGUGAGGGUCUUGCCUCCAGGGGUCCGGACAGAUCAGGCUUUGAGGACAACCUCUUCCUCCCCAGCGGGCAGAGCCAGGUCCUGUCCUCCUCCUUCUCGCAGUCAGCAGAGAUCUUCCAAGAGCUCCAGCAGGAGUGCAUGAGGAGGCUGAACGUCCCGACAGGAAGCACUACGCGCUCAAACUUGCCGUUGUGGACCCAGGAGGGACACCAGCAGAGUAUCCCUUCCUCCAACAAGGACAGACCCCAGAUCCCCCCACGUGUCCCCAUUCCCCCUCGCCCCAUUAAGAGGGGCGACUACACCUCUCCUCGCUGGUCACGUGAUCUCUCCCUGUCACCGACGCCGGCUGACACCACUGAGGAGGUUUUACGCUCCACCCAGGAGCGCCCUCCUCAGAUUCCUCCCAGGGACCCUUUGUCCCAGCCGGGCUCAAGGACCCCCAGCCCCAUGGGCCUGGUGGUGGGCUCCCCUCAGCAGAGAAUCUACUCUGCGAGCCCCACCACCAUGCCAGCUCCCAUAUCCUCCUCCUCUGCACACACAUACGGCUCCUACCUCUCCUCCUCUCCAGGUAAACUCAUGCCCACCACUCACAGCUUCGCCUCGGAUCCUAAAUAUGCUGCACCCAAAGUGAUCCAGGCGCAGGGGAAGGAUGCCAGCAAGGGCCCCUGUAUCCUCCCCAUAGUGCGUGACGGACGUAAAGUCAGCAAUACACACUAUUACCUUCUACCAGAGAGGCCCCCGUACCUCGACCGCUACGACCGCUUCUUCAGGGAGGCGGAGAGCUUGCCUGCCAGCGGCGUGGAGGAGAGACAUGUACGACAGACUAACACAGCCACUGUGAGACCAAUGGUGGUCAGCAGCCAGGGACAGGGGCUUGUCCUGCCAGGCGAGCUGAAGACUAAUUUCUCCUCCAACAACAACAGCAGUCUGGGGGGCUCCCGGUCAGGGAUGAAGACAUCAGUCAGUCUCCCUCGCGUGUGUACAGAGGGGCUGACAGCAGCGGUGGUCCCCACGGCUUCCUGUAUCAGGACAGACGGAGGAGGGAACUCAGCCGACAGGGUCAAAAUGGUGCAGGAUGCAGUUCACGGUGUCACGAUAGAGGAGUGCCAAGCCGCCCUCCAGAACCACAACUGGAAUGUCCAGAAAGCUGUGCAUUAUCUCAAGGUGGAGCAGUUGUUCUGUUUGGGUCUGAGGAACAGGUCAGAGUGUCGUGAGCUGCUGGAGAUGUGUGACUGGAACCUGGAGGUGGCCAGCACUCACAUGUUAGAUAACUAUGGAUCCACAACAAGACUAAGACGGUGACAGGAAUCUCAAGCUGCUGAGCUCAGAUUGGAACUGCAUCCUUAGAAAAACAUCAUCAGUGGAGGUGAAUCUGCUCCUGAAGCCUUCCCAUUAACACUUCUGACCACCUCCAAUCAGCAGACUGAUAUUUGAUCAAGCACAUUUGUACUGAACUAGCAGAGAAAAGUCUUUAUGAAGGCUCCGUUCAUACCUAACAUGGACAAAGGAAUUUAUCCUGGGGGUAAAAAAAGAAGACUUUGACUUUCAAAGACAAAAAAAGACACUUGUGAGUUGGAUUUCAUUUGAUCAGCCUGAAAUAUGCCAUCAUGACAGAGUCACAGAUGCUGGGUGCUACUGUGUCAGAUCCUCUCCCUGCUGACCGACUGCAGACUUUUUUCUUUUUUAAUUUCGUUAAUAGCCAGUUUUAAGCGAUUCUGAAAAGGCCACAACGAGUUAAAGAGCACAAUAUACACAGCGGCACUUCUAAGAAAAGAUCCUUACUUUGUCAUAAGGUCAUUUUAUUGUCAAAAUAUGCCAAGAACUGGUUUCUCAUUUAGGGAACAGUGUCAGAAUAUAACCCAAACACUGUAUACUGUAUCCAGAAAGUGCCACUGCCAAGUAAUGGACGAAAAAGACAAAGUUAAUACUUAAAGGGCUGUACAGGUAUUAUACUACAGGACAUAUUAUCGAUAGUUUACAGUAAUAAAAACUACUGUGGAUAUGAAAAUUCGACUGAAAGACAAAAUGCUGCUGCAAAAGAAACAUUCAGACUUCGUUAAAGUAAAAAAUGAAGUUCAUAUCCUCAGUACUUUUGUAAGAAUACAUGAAGUAUUGACAUCUCUAAGAGACAAAAGUAAAACCAUCCCAGUUACAACGUAGAUCAUAAGAAUACAUCUAAAUAGAAAAUAAGGGAAGUGGUUACAUUCACAUAUUUAAAGACCCACAAAACGGUCUAAUAUAUAUAAGGGUACAAACCUAAUGAAGAUACAUUUGUGUUAAUUUACAAAAUAUUGAUAUUUUAUUUUAAUAUAUUUCGAACACAAUGCUCAGAGACAAGAGAGGACCCAUAACUGGGAAGGUCAUUUUCUGAAUUAUUUAAAUCUCUCCUUGAGCUAAACACUGAUCUAUGGCUGUUGCCACAUGUGGCUGUAAAUAAAUAAAAAGAGCAGGCAGUGGGAACUACACCUCAGACAAUCUCUCCGCCCCUCUAAGCACUGAACAUAACUCCUGCACAUCAGCUGACAGCUCCAUCCAGCUGGGUCUCUGCACACUGGGUUGGCAGCUAAUAACAGCCACAUACGUGAAAUCUACUCCCAGGCACAGAUCCUGUCUCAUAAUCAUCACUUCAAAACCACAACUGUGAUAUUUCGGUCAGCGGCUUUGGGGGGGGUAAUCAUUUUAAAACUGGGAGGACGUGUCAGCUGGCUGCUGGACGUGACCCUACAUUUUCUCACUGGGUAUUGUCACAGCACUGCCCUCGGCGAUGAACAUAAAAAAACUGUCAGGCAUGACCGGCUUCAUUUCACUCCAGAUUCAGUCUGUUGGACUCUAAGAAGGAAGGGAAAUAAAAAGGCACUGCUGUGACUUCUAAAAAUAAAUGUUUCAAACGAAUGUCAAAAAGGUUACUUUGUUGGCGUUCUAUUUUUGACAGAGAUGAUUCUUCGGUGCUAUAAAAAAGAACCCUCUAUGCACACCUAUUCAAAAAGAUGCUUUGCUACAAAUAGCCCCUUCAACCCCAGUAUAACAGGUCUGAGCCCGAUGUGAUUGGGCAGAUACUCCAAUAAAGAAACCACAACAGUUGGUGUGGAAUACUAGGAAAAUAAAAUGUGUGUAUAUUUCUAAAGAAUGCACAGGACUGAUUUUGGAUGACAACCUCCUGUGUUCUCCCGUGUGCAAUAAGGCUGCUCUACAGUCCAUCCAUCAAUACUUUCAUCUCUGUCUCCAUGUACUUUAUCGAUCCCAUUGUCCAAUAAAAUGUAGGUAAUUACAGAAGAGGAUCAGCGCCAGAUGGAGUCUUUUAUAGAUCUGACUCAAAGUAAAAGAGAAAUCCGAAGAUAGUCGGAAUUCUGACUUUAAUCUCAAAAUCCUGACUUUUUUCUCUGAAUUCUGAUUUCAUACAGAUCUCAAAAAUGUUUACACUGGUUGCCCUAACCCUAUUGAAUGAAUGCACAGUAAACACCUUUUCCAGUAGUAAAUGUUUCAGUUUUCCUCCAUAUAUUAGGAAGUUUGUCUGAUCAAGACGCAAUUUGUGCCAAUCCCCCCUCUGAUGUGGUGAAGCUGCUUGUUAACCAGUGUGUGAGGAGGACGGCUUGAUGAGGCCUCCACAGUCCCUCCAUGUUGUUUGUUUUGUACCCAGCUGCUGUAGUUGUUCUGAAGGACUGAAGAGAACCUUGUGGUGUUAUGAUCGACCCAGAGCAACAUUUCCUGUUGUGUUGUUGACACUCUGACGUUAGAAAAAGUCAUUCUUAUUGUCGCUGUUUUUCCUUCAAUCCAACCUGCCAUUUCUUCCUCAUUUGUAUGUAUUUGCUUCCCUGAAUAUGUUUUAUUUUUACAAUGCCUACUGUACAGUUGGUUUUCAUUGUUCCUGUCUUCCUGGGUUGAUGGAAAUGUUCAAGAGAAGUUCAUGCUGCCGAAGUUAUAAAUGUAUUUUUUAUUAAAGAAUGAAUUAUUUUUUA